AUGGAAUUGACGAAGUACCUAUCUGAGAAGAUCCUUGUCCAUGCCAAUGAAAGAGGCCGUAGAGUAAUUGUUGCUUGGGGCAGCGUAUGUGCAGAGGCUACUGGCAGUGACAUGAGCUACAUUAACAGCAACCAAGAGGAGGCAGAUACCAAGAUGAUUCUACAUGCCUCAGAUGCCACCACCAAUGGUGCCACCCAAAUCUUCAUUCACUCACCAGACACCGAUGUUUUUGUUCUGGCAAUCCGACRUUAUCCCCUUCUAUGCCCCAACACAUAUUUUGAGACUGGAAAAGGAGAUAAGCGACGCACCAUUGAACUUUACCCAAUUGUUGCAGCCCUUGGACCAGCUAAGACAGCUGUGUUGCCUGCACUACACGCUUUCACCGGAGCUGAUGUUACAGGAAGCUUCUCUGGUAAAGCAAAGCAAUCAUGCUGGAAAGCUUUUCAAGAUGCCCCUGAAUCAGUCAUUUCUGCGCUUGGAAAUCUUGGUGUUGGUGACUUCCCAUGCGAGGAAACAAUUAUGGGACUUGAACAAUUUGUCUGUCAGAUCUACGAACCAAAUACAGAUGUAAAGACCGYCCAGGAAUUAAGAUGGAUUCUUUUUAAGAAAAAGCAAGCACAAUCAGACAGGCUACCACUAACCAAGGCUGCAUUAACACAAGCAAUUUUGCGAGCCCACUACCAAAUGAUGAUUUGGAAUGCAGAUAUCAUUGCAAACCCAGAUAUUCCAGACCCUAAAAACUAUGGAUGGUCCUUGUCUGAUGAUAAAUGGUGUCCUGUCAUGACCACUAACCACCCAGCACCAAGGCAAUAA